AUGUGUAGUAAAGUUGACAAUUGCUCCUCAAAAUUGGAAAGCAUUGAUGGUGAACUGUCAAAGAUAGAAGAAAAAUUAUCAAAUUUUGACGAAUGCAGAAAGAGAACGUUUAGUUUACUAGAAUUACAACUAGAAUCCCUUCAGUCUGUACUUCAAAAUGCUGAUAGUGAUACGGAUAUCAAGCAACACACCAGUUUAUUUGUAUCAACCGUAAAGUCGAAAUUGUCAGAUUACAUAAAAGCUCACCGUGAUAUUCACCUUCCCAUUUCGAAAUUCGGAAAACUUGUGGACAAGAGUUUUGUUGACGAACUUUCUCAUCUUACUACCUAUUUUACAAAUCAUGAGAAGAAAGAAUCUAAAACCACCAAAUCUAUAAUAAAACCUGUAUUAAAAACAUCAUCGCUAUACAAAGAUUCUCUGUCAUCCAAAUCUCCAGAUGAUCUCUUACGGUUAGUUAUCAUCGAACACUUACUUCGUGAAGGCCACGAAUCUCUGGCCGUUGACCUAAUGCAUAAUUUCGGUUUUACUCAGGAAGAUAUAGGAUUAGAAAAGUUUAAGGAGCUAAGUGAUCUGGUUUCAUCUACACAACGAGGAGAGCUAGAUCCAGCGAGAAAAUGGCUAUCAAAUAAUCGAGAGGAACUUGGAGAUAAGGCAAAACAGUUAGAAUAUUGUCUAGCCAAACUUGAUUUUUUGUCGACAAUACAAAAAGAACCUGUGGAUCCAGCCGCUGUGAUUCAAAGUGCUCGUCAGCUGGUUCCUUUUGCAUCUGAUUACUCUUCAGAUUUUGAACAUCUUAUGGGGAGUCUUGUUUUUAUUGGACGUAGUCUUGAGGAUACUCCGUAUGCUGACUUGGCCUUGCCAACCAGCCCCACAAAAAUGUCUUCUGAAAGCUCCCAAGUAAAUAAAACUUCUGAAGAUGUUUUUAUGAUGGAUGGUGAAUAUUCUCUCUCAGUGUCACCUGUAACAACUAAACACAAAACAGAUGGUAGCAAUGCUUUGACAGAAGCGGCAAAUUUGUUUAAGGCUUCAUGUUGUUAUCACUUAAAUUUAUCAGAUACUGAUCCACUACUCACUGCAUUUUCCUCCGGAUGUCGUGUACUUACUCGGCUUCAUUCGUUACAACGUGCAAUCGCUUGCCUCAGUAAGUACAGUUCAUUGGAUGGUGACAUGUUACCAAUUGCUGUUAAACUGGAUCCCAGCGCACACCGCCAUAAUAUCUUCCACUGUCCUGUUAUCAAAGAAGUAAUCUCUGAGUCGAAUGAUGGCGCUAUUGGAGGUGGCCCUGUACGCUUAACGUGUGGUCAUGCGAUAUCACGAGAUGCAUUCAACUCUUUGGCUAGUGGAGAUAGAAGUCGAAUGAAAUGUCCUUACUGUCCUGUGGAGACGUUUAAAAACCAAGUAUUGGAUCUGAUAUUCUAA